CACAAACCUCAAACCUCUGUGUUAUAUUGGUAAUGUGUUUGUGCUUUUAAACCUCUCCAAAACCUCACUUAAAAUGCCCUUAAUAAUGUAAUCGCACUCGAAACACGCGUCAUAUCACUGCUCCUUCCCAAUCUAAAAUCGCCGCCCUCAACGCCGCACCGCCACCUUCCACCACGCUGUAUCUCGUCGGAGACUUCGGCCCUCUUCUACUGUCGAACUGAAUUUGGAAGCAAGAUGGCAGUAGCAAGGCAGAAAAGUAAGAGGCUUUAUACCUCAAUCUUCCAGUUCAGCCGCUUCUUAUCUUCUGGCCCCUUUAACCUACCACCCCUUGUUCGUUCACGAAGGGUCGUUGUGACUGGCUUAGGGGUGGUGACUCCGUUGGGUUGUGGCGUGGACGUGACCUGGAAACGUUUAGUGGAAGGGGAUUGUGGAAUUAGAGCCAUUACCACUGAAGACCUGAAGAUGAAUGGAUUUGAUAGAGAGAAACAGUUGCACACUUUUGAUCAAUUAUCAUCCAAAGUCGCUGGAAUUGUACCCUGUGGAUCGAACCUAGGUGAAUUUAAUGAGGAGCUGUGGCUUAAUACAAAGGAUCAUAGGUCGAUAUCCAGGUUUAUAGGCUAUGCUUUAUGUGCUGCCGAUGAGGCUCUAAGAGAUGCAAAUUAUAUACCCUCUACACAGGACGAGAAAGAAAGGACGGGUGUUUCUAUAGGUGCGGGAAUUGGCAGCAUCACUGAUAUAUUGGAUGCUUCAAACAUGAUCUUUGAGAAGAAAUUACGCCGACUCAGUCCAUUUUUCAUCCCAAGAAUACUUAUAAACAUGGCUUCUGGUCAUGUGAGCAUGAAGUAUGGAUUCCAGGGACCGAACCAUGCUGCAGUGACAGCUUGUGCUACUGGGGCUCACUCUAUUGGAGAUGCCACAAGGAUGAUUCAAUUUGGAGACGCUGAUGUCAUGGUUGCUGGGGGGACUGAAUCGAGCAUUGAUGCUUUGUCUAUUGCAGGAUUUUGUAGGUCAAGAGCAUUGACGACCAAGUACAACGGGACUCCUGAAGAAGCUUCAAGACCUUUCGAUUGUGACCGAGAUGGAUUUGUAAUAGGCGAAGGUUCCGGCAUCCUUGUUUUGGAGGUGAGUGUUAUCACAAUUAUUUUAAUCUGUCAGGAGCUGGAGCAUGCAGAAAGGCGUGGAGCUAAAAUUUACGCUGAAAUUCGUGGUUAUGGGAUGUCAGGUGAUGCAUACCACAUUACUCAACCACAUGGUGAUGGAAGAGGGGCCAUUUUGGCUAUGACGCGUGCUCUGGAGCAGUCUGGCCUAAAGCCUGAUCAGGUGGGCUACGUUAAUGCACAUGCUACAUCUACUCCUUUGGGGGAUGCUAUAGAAGCCAAGGCUAUUAAGUCUUUAUUUGGCAGUCAUGCAGCAUCAGACACUCUGGCCUUGUCCUCCACAAAGGGUGCUGUUGGGCAUCUUCUUGGGGCAGCUGGGGCAGUUGAAGCAUUAUUCUCAAUUUUAGCUAUACACCAUGGAAUUGCACCCUUGACACGCAACCUGAAGAAGCCGGAUCCGAUUUUUAGUGCCGAUUUCAUGCCUUUGAUGGCUUCAAAGAAGAUGCAGAUUAAAGCUGCCAUGUCUAACUCAUUUGGCUUUGGGGGAACAAAUUCAUCACUGCUCUUUGCUGCUCUUAGUUGAGGAGAGGAGAACAUGAAUUUUGUGUACACUUGGUUUGGCAUGUUCUUGUUUAUACAGUUGUGGAUGUUUGGUUGACUUAUGUUUAUUUUGUGUGGAAGCAAUUCAUGAAGAGAAAAUUUGAAGUGAUUAAUAGGAAAUAUAUUUGACGGAAAUUAGUUCUUUNACGUCACAUUGUGCUCGGUUCGAUUUCUUUUCCGUGAAGGAAAACUUUUGUCAUGGUUCGGAUUGAAAUAAGAAAUCAUUUAGUUGUGGCAUUUUGGCAUUGAGUUUUCUUUUUAAGUGAUUACAAAGUUAUGGGCAUUCUCCUCCGUCCCGAUGAGAAUGGAAAGUAGAAAUCCUCAAAUAUUUUCGAUCGUGAAACCCUUGAAAUCUCCCAAGACAGAUCCUCCACUUCAAACGCCAUCACAUAAGUGCGUCCUAGAAAUAGUCAAACUAACUCACUCACUACACAACAAACUAAACUAAACACUCCCACUUCAAAAUAGAAGAAUUAAACAACACACCAACACCACUCAAAACAACACAAAAACAAAAAUAAACACACAAUACUAAAAUAAACCCUUCCCUUAACCGGCAACAAACUGCAAAGCCACCAACACAGCACCCAGAGACGACCGACCACGCGGAUAGAAACCCAGCCCGAAUAUAGCUCCAAAAACUCCAGAGUUGGCUAACUCGACUAAUUGAAACCACACCAGAUGGCAAAAUUCUCCACCCGAGCGGACCACCCCGGACCAGCGACCGGAGGCUAGCUCCUCCUCUUCCCACACACCAACCAAGG